AUGGUAAUGAACAACCAAAUUGUUAUCUCCCUCUUUUUCCUCCUGGGACUGCCCAUUUCCCAAGAACACCAGCACCUGUUCUAUGCCCUGUUCCUGGCCAUGUACCUCACCACAGUCCUGGGAAACCUCAUCAUCAUCAUCCUCAUUCUACUGGAUUCCCAUCUCCACAGACCCAUGUACUUUUUUCUCAGCAACUUGUCCUUCUCUGACCUCUGCUUUUCCACUGUCACAAUGCCCAAGCUGUUGCAGAACAUGCAAAGCCAGGACACAUCAAUCACCUAUGCAGGUUGCCUGACACAAAUGUACUUUUUCAAUCUUUUUGGAGGCCUGGAGAUCUUUCUCCUUGUGGUCAUGGCCUAUGACCGCUAUGUGGCCAUCUGCCUUCCCCUUUACUACACCAGGAUCAUGAGUCCCAAGCUCUGUGUGUGUCUGGUGCUUAUGUCCUGGAUAUUUAAUGUGCUGUAUUCCAUGUUGCACACACUACUCUUGGCUAGGUUGUCAUUCUGUGACAACAAUGUGAUCCCUCACUUUUUCUGUGACAUAUCUGCCCUGCUCAAGUUGGCAUGCUCCGACACGUAUAUUAAUGAACUAGUGAUACUUAUCUUGGGAGGACUCCUCAUGGUCAUCCCAUUCUUACUCAUUAUUGUGUCUUAUGUACAAAUUGUCUUCUCUAUUCUAAAGGUAUCAUCUACUUGAGUUAUCUACAAAGUCUUCUCUACCUGUGGCUCCCACCUAUCUGUGGUCUCACUAUUCUAUGGCACAAUUAUUGGUUUGUAUUUAUGUCCAUCGGCUAAUAACUUUACAAUGAAGGAGAUUUCCAUUGCCAUGAUGUAUACAGCGGUAACUCCCAUGCUAAAUCCUUUCAUCUAUAGCCUGAGGAACAGAAAUAUAAAGGAGGCCCUUAUGAGAGUUCUUAUCAAGAAGAAAAUCUCUUUAUGA